GCGCUGCUUUUGACCCACCUCUGUCGACUGUGUGUGUGUGUGUAUGUGUGAGUGUGUGUGUGAGUGGUCAGGAUACGUUAUCUACCUCUUUUUUCCUCAGGCCGCUCUCUCUCUCACUCACCCACACGAACACGCACUCCCGUUAUUUGACGGCGCAGCGGCAGACAUUCGCCUUACCUGUCCGGGUUGCUCACCUGAGCGGACUCACCUGUCCUGACGCCGAGGGGAUUUUUUUGUCCAUUUCUGCUUCAGCGCUGCAAAAACAAACCAGCUUAAGCCUUCGAGGAUAUAUAAAAGCGACUUUUAAACGGGGGCAAACUGCGAAAACAGAAGAAAAGUUUAAGGAGAGCGGCGAAAAGGACCGAUACCUUCCGUUUUCACCUCUCCCAUGAUCCUUCCAGAAGGCGUGGGGCGACUUUGGAGUUUGCUUUUGUAACUUUUAGCUGAAUUUCGCUCCGUCACUUUGAAGCGGCUUCUCCGCCAGCCAAAGGGGCGCAGGCUUAAUUGAGCAUGCCGAGGGCCUUUCUGGUGAAAAAGGCGAGUGUUUCGCCGGGAAAGCGGAACUGGAGCGAGCUGCCCGACCAUGAACGAGGCGACGUCUACAUCCCAGUCUCCAUCUUCCCUCCGUCCAGCCUGAUGAUGGAAGCUGAAGCCAGCCCCGCUGAGGCGAUGCCACUCUGCCUCACCAAGCGCACACACACUCUCUCUGACACACACGCGCGUGCCGAGCUGCCGUCGUGCACAGUGCUGGGCCAGCCGCAGAGCCCGGCGGCGGUGGUGGCAGCGGCGUCAGAGGAGAGGUCAGAGGUCAGGUCAGAGGUCAGGAGGAGGUCACAGGGCGGCUCCACGUACGUCCGAUCCAAAAUCAAGGUAACUACAGGCGAGUUACCCCCUGAAACUUCUCCCCGUCCUCUCCCUCUUCCUCCCAUCCCUACCCAGCCCACCUUCACCACAGACAUUACCAUGGCUCCCGUUGCCUUGACAACAUCCACUGCCACCCUGCCAGCGGUCACCACGGUUACCAGAUCGGCGGGAAGUAAAAGUUCAUCAUCAGGGACGACAGGAGCAUUUGUGUGCCAGGUUUGCCAGAAGACUUUCCAGUAUCAGCGGAUGUUGAACAGACAUGUCAAGUGCCACAACGAGACCAAGAGACACCUGUGCGACUUCUGCGGCAAAGGCUUCAACGACACCUUUGACCUCAAGAGACACGUACGCACACACACAGGAGUCCGUCCCUACAAGUGCGAGUUGUGCGACAAGGCCUUCACGCAGCGUUGCUCCCUCGAGUCCCACAUGAAGAAGAUCCACGGCAUCACCCAGAAGUACGCCUACAAGGAGCGACGCAACAAGCUGUACGUCUGCGAGGAGUGCGGCCACACGGCGGGAACUCAGGACGACCUGAUGAUCCACCUCCACUCGCUUCACCCCAACAGUCCCUUCCUGAAGAGCAAGGCGGCAAGGAGAGCCGGAGGCACAGGAGUCGGAGGACGAGCUGAAAAAGAGGGAGGAUCAGCAGGGGGAUCCAUGCCGUCGUCUCCACAAGGCGCCGAGAGCGACGAUACCACUGGUUCAGCUGGACAGUAGAGGGAAGGAUGGGUGGAGGGAGGGAUGAGAGGGAGAGAGGGGUGUGCAAAGCAGACAGAUGAUUAACCAAAAGGAGAUGGAUGAAGGAUGGAUGGAGUGAGGUGAAUAAGAAAGGCAGAAAUGGACAAAAAACACAGGAGCAGCGAUGGAGGAAGUGUUGGCUUGACUUGUUUGUCAAAUAUAUAGGAAGUAACCUCAAUGGGAAUCAUGUACCAAAUAAGGCCAAGUCUCACAUUAGGUGACAUAUUUUACAUGAGAUUAUAAUGCCUAAGAGAUUAUUAACAUAUUCCUCACAUUAGUCGGGUCUUUCCAAUAGCAGCAUCAUUUUCUUCCUCUGGUUUGUAUAUGAAUAUCACCUGUGGGGUUUUUCUGUACAGUGAAAAAGUUUUCUAUGAAAAAAUUACUUUAUUCAUUAAAGGGAGUAAUAUAUUACUUGAGAA